GCCAUGUCCGCCAGCUCGAGCGCCUCGGGCGUGCCCGAGCACAUCACGACGCUCCUCGCCGCCGCCGCGCACGCCGAGCGGCCGCUGGUGUCGCUCGAGUUCUUCCCGCCAAAGACGGCGCAGGGCAUGCGCAACCUGCACGCGCGCAUCGCCCGCAUGCGCGCCCAGCUGGCGCCGGCGUGGAUCCAGGUCACCUGGGGCGCGGGAGGAUCGACCAGAGAGAGCAGCCUCGACAUCGCCAACGCCGUGCAGCGCGACGCCCACCCGACGCGCGGCAACGCCUGCCUGCACCUCACCUGCACCAAUGUGGAGAAGGCGAGCCUCGACGACACGCUCGACCAAGCACGCUCGCUCGGCAUCCGCAACCUACUGGCGCUGCGUGGCGAUCCACCUCGCGGUGAGGAGUACUGGGUCGCCUCAGACGCGCGCUUCCAGCACGCCGAGGACCUCGUGCGCUACAUCCGCGAGCGGCACGGCGACUGGUUCUGCGUCGGCCUGGCAGGCUAUCCCGAGGGCCACUGCGACGCCACGACGCCCGACAUCGAGCGCGACAUUGGCUUCCUGCGCGCAAAGCAGGACGCUGGCGCCGACUUUGUCGUCACGCAGCUCUUCUACUGCGUCGAUGCGUUCCUCGACUACCUCAAGCGGUGUCGUGCGGCAGGCAUCACGCUGCCCAUCAUUCCCGGCAUCAUGCCGAUCCAGAACUACCAGAGCUUCCGGCGCAUGAUCAACCUGUGCAGCACGCGCGUGCCCGCCGAGGUCACGGCGGCGCUCGAGCCGAUCCGCUUUGACGACGCAGCAGUCAAGGAGUUUGGCGUGCGCUGGGCCACGCACAUGGUCGGGCGCAUCUUUCUCGAGUCCGACGUGCGCGUCUUCCACUUCUGCACACUCAAUCUAGAGAACUCGGUGCGCUGCGUGGUAGAGAACCUGGGCUGGGUCGAUGCGGAGCAGCAGCAGGCGGCUGCCGCGGCCAACGGUGUGCCGGACAGUCCGACGAUGCAUCGCAACCUCAUGCUCAGCGAACGCACGGCCUCGGACUUCCCCAAGCAGCUCAAGGUGACGACGGCCGACACGCUGCGCCAGACGCUCGAGCGCUCGCAGCUGCUGCGUCCGCCGACGCUCGGCGCGCCGCCGCAGCAGACGACGACGUGGGACGAGUUCCCAAACGGCCGCUACGGUGACUCGCGCAGCCCGGCGUUCGGCGAGCUGGACGGCUACGGCGUCAGCCUCAAGGUGCCGCCGGCGGAUGCGCUGCGCCUGUGGGGCCACCCUGUCACCACGGCGGACAUCGCCGGUCUCUUCACUUCAUACCUCUCCGGCUCGCUCUCGGGCAUCCCGUGGUGCGAUGUGCCGAUCCUCGACGAGACAGCCGCAAUCCGCAGCGAGCUGCUGCACCUCAAUCGCGCGCGCGGCGGCGCCGACGGUGGUCGCGAGUGGUGGACCGUCGGCUCGCAGCCGGCGAUGGACGGCGCCGACAGCGCCGACCCGACGUUUGGCUUUGGUCCGCCCGGCGGCUACAUCUUCCAGAAGGCAUUCGUCGAGUUCUUCGUCGAGACGAAGGACAAGGACGAGCUGCGGCGGCGCAUCGACGAGGAGGAGGGCGGCAAGUGGAUGGGCUUCUUCGCCGGCAACCGGAGGGGCGACUUUGAGACGAACAUGCAGGCGGGCCAGGUGGAUGCAGUGACGUGGGGUGUCUUCCCGGGCAAGGAGAUUGCGCAGUCGACAAUCAUCGAGGAGGAGAGCUUCAAGGCGUGGCGGGACGAGGCGUUUGGCAUCUGGGCCGAGUGGGAGCUGCUCUUCCCGCUGCGCUCGCCCACGCGGCAGUUGCUGCGCAGCAUCGGCGACGAGCGCUGGCUCGUCACGCUCGUGCACCACGACUUCAAGCGGCCGCGCGCGCUGUGGGACUUCCUCGGGUGCCCGCCAGCAUAG